AUGUUUUCUGACGGUUGCCCGAAAAGCUCAUUUUUCCGUACGAUCUUCACAUUUUGCCACUCAUCCUUUGGUGACGCCCGACAAUGGUCUCUACACAAAGAAGCCAACCCUGAGACUCGCGAACCUGGUACGCCAGCAGAGAACCAACCUGAAGAGCCACCUACCCUAGUUCACAAAGAGACUACCAACCCUGAUACCUCAACUCUCUCAACUGUUGAUGAGACCAAAACCAGCAUGGCGACCUCAGAGAGAGAGCCAACCGAAAUAGCCCAAGAUGGAGAAGAAGUUAUAAAACUUCGCGAAAAGAUUCAACUACUAGAGAGUGUGAUAAGAUUGAAGAAGGAGUUGAAUGCCCUUGAAGCCAAUGACCGAAAGCACUCGCGAAGUGAAUCCCUAGAUGCAGCCACCUCCAAUACAACACCCGCGAAGCGAUCGUCAGUCCUAAGACUACCCCAAUACGCGAAGCUAUACAAGACUGGCAGCUACACUGAAUACCGGCGAUUUACCUCCAAUAUUGAAUUCAUUCGCGAUGCCAAUGCACUGAACAACGAACAGACCCUCGCGUACGCCCUCAUUGGACUUGACUAUAUUGAGAAAGACCUUUGGGAGGUCCACCGCGAACAGAACCCAUCGAAGAACAACUGGAAUGGCCUCAAGGAAUUCCUACUCGCAAAGUCAGGAGACUCCCUAAGCCGCACGCGAAACGCUUGGCGAAAACUUUUUAGCCUUCGCAAGAGUUCAGAUGAAACCGACUAUGCCUAUCUCCAACGAUACCGAGAGGUUGCAUCAGAAAUUGGCGAAGAAUUUGAAGACCCCGUGAAGCUAAAGAAGAACCUCUUUAUAUGGAGCUUGGAUAAGCCCAUGCGAACCAAGUUGGACGAGCAACUGGAGAUCCCAGAUAGUAUCGACGAGAUAGUAGCACUGGCUACCCGACUCCGACCAGGUGUGCUAGCAGCACACGCGAAGGCAAGACCCUACAACCACGCGAGGCAAAGGCGCAAUCGUGGGUGAACUCACCAGUCUGUGGCCUUGCGGCCAAGUGAGUGGAGCGACAGGGUGUAGCCAUAGUGAUCUUCCAAUCACCAGAGACCUCCCAUGAAUCUGCCUCCUACGCGAAGCAGUGCUUAGAGGGUUCACUUACCUUGGGUAAAGAUGAUAGAGGCUAGAGAAGGAAGAGAAGAAAAGAAGAGAAAGAGAAAGUGAGAGAAAGCUUUCUCUUAAGCUAGUGCCCAUUAUCUAAUGGUGACACGGAGCUAGUGAGAACAAUAGAGGCUCUCUACAUAUUGUUGUGUUAUUGGGCUCUGUUGUGUUGAUAUCAUAUCUCUAGUGAGGCUGUACUAUUUUCCUUAUGAGGAAAUUUUUAUUUUUCUCAAGGGGUUUUUUGUUUUCUACCCAUGAAGGUUUUUAAUGAGACAGCCGCCUUGAGGGACCAAGGCUUACCAGGGGGGAAAUCUGUAAGGAUUCACCCGCAAACCCCUUACACGGACGAACAACACUCCCAAGGGCUGGGAGCCGCUCGCGAGAUGUUGGGAGUUGAAGCUUGCUUACUCAUCAAUUUCUCGUCAGGUUAGAAACUUGUGUACAUGCCAUCAAAGCUGGGGGAGACCUGAAAGGCAGUACACAGAAUUGAGGACCAGCAUACUGUAAUGCCUUUUUAUCGUGUUGAUGCUAUUUUAGGUAGAUUUGAAUCGAUCCUACAAGGCCACAAGUAUGGUGGCCUGAAAAGUUUGUGGCUUUUUUG